UUUCUUUUUCAAACAUUUUUCUCGAUUGUACGGGUGUGUUUAAAAAAUAUAAGUUUAUCUUCAUAAUCUAAACUUAUUUAUGUUUUAUCUCUUUAUCUAACAAUACAUUUCACUUAAAUGUAAACGCUUUUGUGAAUAUUUUUAAUAAAAUGCCAAGUGACGAUGAAGAAAUUUCAACGCAAUGGACGAAAUCCUUAACACCCGAAGAACACCAACGUUUAGAACAACAAAAUACCCGUUUGGUAAGCAACCAUAAAGCAAAUACUCUAGAAAACGAAGCUAAAAAACACUGGGAUUUAUUUUACAAGCGAAACGAAACCCGUUUUUUUAAAGACAGACACUGGUCCACAAGGGAGUUCACUGAAUUGCUCAGUGACGAUGAAAACGAGAAAAGACGGGUUUUAUUUGAAAUUGGAUGCGGCGUGGGCAAUUUUAUAUUUCCCUUAAUAGAAGAGAAGCUGGAUUUUAAAGUUUUUGCAUGUGAUUUGUCUCCAAGAGCUAUAGAAAUUCUUAAAACCAACCCGUUAUACAACCUAUCAGAAACAACAGCAUUUCAGUGUGAUAUCACUACAGAAGACGUACAUAAACAUGUUGAAAAAGACUGUAUAGAUAUAGUAACCUUAAUAUUUGUAUUAUCAGCUAUACAUCCUGAUAAAUUUACCAUUACUUUGAAGAACAUUUUUACAGUACUUAAACCAGGAGGUUUGGUACUCUUUCGAGACUACGGACUGUACGAUAUGGCUCAAAUAAGAUUUAAACCUGGAAAUAAGAUAGCUGAGAAUUUCUACAUGAGACAGGAUGGUACAAGAAGCUUCUAUUUCUCAACUGACUUUGUUAAAUCGAUUUUUGAAAUUGUUGGUUUUGAAAUCAUGGAAAACACUUAUAUACAUCGAAGAACAGUUAACAAAAAAGAAAAUGUUGAUGUUCCUAGGAUUUUUGUUCAAACUAAAGCAAGAAAACCGGCUUGAAGAUGAUAGAGAUUCAUGAUGGUUAAAAGAUAGUUAACUCUACAACUUAUAUGGAGUGUUUGGUUAACAUUGAAUGUUAUGGAACAUUAUGUUUUGGGGAAUUCAAAUAUAGGACCAGAAACAAGGGGAAACCUGAAAUGAUAUAAUUACAUCACAAACGAUGAGAUUUCUUUUCAAAUUUUGUGUUUUUUGAAAGUAUCCAGAUGCCUGGUUAGUACUUGGUUAACGAUAUUCUGCCCAAGAUGAAGAAGAAAACAUGUUAAAAUGUAAUAUUUUACUUACAAAAAUAAAGUUACAGUAUUAUAUGAA